GAUGACCCACCUGCAGAAGGAGGUGACGGCCAUCGAGACCAAGCUGGAGCAGAAGCGCAGCGACCGCCACAACCUGCUGCAGGCCUGCAAGAUGCAGGACAUCCGCCUGCCGCUGGCCCGCGGCUCCAUGGACGACAUCAGCCAGGAGGAGGGCGGUGGCACCGGCGAGGACGCGGGGGGCAGCUCCCAGCGCAGCUCCAGCCUGUACGCGCGCGAGGCGCUGAUCGAGAUCGACUACAGCGACCUGCCCGAGGAGCUCAAGGACGCCCAGGCCGAGGAGGAGAUCCGGCAGGAGAUGGCGGCGCUGCAGCAGCGGCUGACGGAGCAGCAGAGCGUCCUGCAGCGCAUCGCCGCGCCCAACAUGAAAGCCAUGGAGAAACUGGAGAGCGUCCGCGACAAGUUCCAGGAGACCUCGGAUGAGUUCGAGGCGGCCCGCAAGCGCGCCAAGAAGGCCAAGCAGGCGUUUGAGCAGAUGAAGAAGGAGCGGUUCGACCGCUUCAACUCCUGCUUCGAGGCCGUGGCCACCAACAUCGACGAGAUCUACAAAGCGCUGUCCCGCAACAGCAGCGCCCAGGCAUUUUUGGGACCGGAGAACCCCGAGGAGCCGUACCUGGACGGGAUCAAUUACAACUGUGUGGCCCCCGGGAAGCGUUUCCGGCCCAUGGACAACCUGUCGGGGGGGGAGAAAACCGUGGCUGCGCUGGCCCUGCUCUUCGCCAUCCACAGUUACAAACCCGCGCCGUUCUUCGUGCUGGAUGAGAUCGACGCCGCGCUGGACAACACCAACAUCGGCAAGGUGGCCAAUUACAUCAAGGAGCAGUCGGCCGCCAACUUCCAGGCCAUCGUCAUCUCCCUCAAGGAGGAAUUCUACACCAAGGCGCAGAGCCUGAUCGGCGUCUACCCGGAGGUACCGAACACCAAAAAUGGCCAAACACCCCUGGGAGUCACAGAAACACCCUGGGAACACCGAAAAUACACAAAAAUACCCCUGGGAACACCGGAAACACCCCUGGGAAUCACAGAAACACCCUGG